ACAACGCUACUGCACCAUGCUCUCAGAUUAUUUUUGGCCGGAAAAGAAGAUAUGGACUUGGACGACAAAUGAUUUUAAAGGACGGUGCCUCAAGCCACACAGCACACGUUACAAUCGAUUUAUUACACAAUUUUGCUCCAGUUGUAGCUCUGCCAAAAAUAUAUACUAAAAUGUUGUCUUACAAUGUAAAUAAAUUAAUGUCGAGCAGCAAGCAGCCGGGAGGGGUUGCAGACAAAACAAGAGAUAAGGACAAUGUUGCUAAAGUUUCAACCUCACUUAGAUAUGCAACAGGGACAUCAGUCAUUCAUUCUAAUGUCAUUUAUAAAAUGCUACAUGACAACAAAGACAAUAGCACAACAGAUAAAAGGGAUACAGCAAGCAAGUGGAAUUGCACUACUUUCAUGCUUCCUUUUUUGAAAUGAACUACAAAGUGUCCAUAAAGUAAAGAUACCAUGAUGGUUCAGAGA